AUCGUCGAGCCUAGUGGACCUUCUUGCUCUGGUAAGACUACUAUUACCCGCAUUUUACGGAAGACCAGUCCAUUCUCAACAGUUAUCUAUCAGGACGACUUUUACAAACGCGAAAGUGAGAUUCCCACUGACAUGGUAACAGGUUUGAAGAAUUGGGACUGCCCAGAAUCCGUCGACUUUGUCAAGUUAUUUGAGACGAUGGAGUAUGUGAAAUGCCAUCACCAACUUCCUAAAGACUACCCAUCUUACGAAGAAAACAAUCGGCAUGAUGGCUCAGAGCUCUUGAGCCCUUGCGUGCUGGAAGAAAUUUAUGAAAUGAGCCGUGCUCUGAAUGCAUGCAAUACUUCUUUAGUGAUUGUCGAUGGAUUCAUGCUAUUUCAUAAGAAAUGGAUAACCGAUGUGUUUGACAUGAAAAUCUGGCUCACAAGCUCGUUUGAAGUGAUGAAAGAACGACGCGAAAGACGACAAGGCUAUGUUACUCAAGAGGGCUAUUGGCAAGAUCCACCGUUCUACUUUGAAAAGAUCGUCUGGCCGGAAUAUAAGCAAUUGUACCAGCAG